AUGUUUUUGCUGGUCUGCUAUAUCCUCAGUACCACUCCAUCUUCCUUGACUGUACAAGCCCAACAUGUGGCACUACCAGUACAGAUUUCUUGCCCCAUUCUUACACCUCAAUUACCAGAGUUAGCAAGUUCAAAUGUUCAUAUUGCUGAUAUCAGUAGGGUAAAUGAGGUGAUUAAAAAAUUCAUCUCUGAUGGACCCGGCAAAUUACAAGUUAUAUCUGACUUUGAUCACACUUUGAGUAGUCACACUUAUAACAAUAAAUCAUGUCCUUCCUGCCAUAGUAUUCUUGAUAACAGUUUACUUCUGCCUGAAGAUUUCCGGGUGAAGGCUGCAGAAUUACGGAACAUAUAUUACCCAAUAGAAAUUGACCCAAACCUGGGAAUUGAACAAAAAAUUCCCAAAAUGGUGGAAUGGUGGACAGAAGCACAUAAAAAUUUAGAGAGAUUGAGAAUUUCAAGGGAUUCUUUAAAGAAGAUGGUUGCUGAGUCUUCGGCAAGACUUAGAGAUGGCUGUGAUAUUUUGUUCCAGAAUCUAGAACAACAUAAUGUUCCAUUAUUGAUCUUCUCAGCAGGUCUUGGGGAUAUCAUCAGGGAAAUUCUAGAGCAAAAGUCUAAAGUUUAUUCCAACAUGAAGAUUGUUUCCAAUUUCAUGAAGUUUGAUGAACAAAAUUUAAUGAGUGGCUUUGAGGGCAACAUCAUUCACACGUUCAACAAGAAUGAGAAUGCUGUUCACAAGUCUGAAUACUUUGAACAAUUGAAGGCACGUUCUAACAUCAUUCUAAUGGGAGAUUCUUUGGGAGAUCUACGCAUGGCUGACGGUGUUGAAGAGAAUUCAGUUCAACUUAAGAUCGGCUACUUGAAUGAAAAGGUUGAUGAGUCUCUUGAGACAUAUAAGAAAUCUUAUGAUAUUUGUCCCCCUGGUAUCUUUCUUUGCAAGUUUCAACCCGUGACACUCGGUUACUCAGUUCAGCUCCUAUCUAAAGAAAUCCCAUUUCUUUAG